AUGUCCCCCCGUCCAUCCCUCCCCCAGCCAACAACACUUCUCUCCCUGCCCACCGUCCACCCCCGCCCUCUCAAACCCAUCCUCCCACCGUCCUCCUCCCCGGGCCCGCAAUCCCCCCUCCCCGCCGUCCCCUCUCCUCCCCGGCAGCCCAUCCCCCCGCUCGCCGCCUCCUACACGCUCAGCACGCACAUCCUCCCCGCCGCGCGCCCGCGCUCGGCGCCCCACGUCCCCGUCCCGGCAGACCUCAGCCCCGAGGCGGGCGAGCGCAUCGCGGACAAGGCGGAGAAGCGGCGGUGGGUGGGGCGCGUCGUCGAGUGGCUGCUGGAGGUGAGGAAAAGGUACGCGGCUGGCGAGGUGCUGGGCGAGGACGAGAGCGGGGAGGGGUUGUGGAAUGUGGUUAACCGGUACGCGCUGAAGGACGGGGAGAAGAGGGGGGAGGGGGGGAAGGGCGCGACGCUGUUCUUCGCGCACGCGACUGGGUUCCCGAAGGAGAUAUGGGAGCCCACCAUUGCGCACCUCGUCGCCGAAUCCAGCGCCUCUUCCAUCACGAUCGACGAAAUCUGGGCCUGGGAAGCCGUGCAGCACGGAGACGCCGCCCUGCUCAACGAGUCCCUCCUCAACCACAACAGCCUGUGUGACUGGCGCGACAACACCCGCGACAUGGUGAACUUCCUGACGUACUACCUACCGCCCCCCUUUCAUCCCGAAUCGCCAUCGAACUACAACUACCCACCGGAACCAUACAAGAUAAAAGGGGAGUUACCAACGCACCUCGCGCCGGUACCAGCGUCGUUGGCGCAACAACGCCUCACACGCGGCUUCGAGCCCGAAGGCCGGACGCUCAUCGUUGCGGGGCACAGUUUCGGGGGGUGCACCGCGACGCUCGCCGCGCUCACCCACCCCUCGCUCUUCACCGGCGGGCUCGUCCUGAUCGACCCCGUCAUCCUGCCCGUGGGGACGUACAACCAGGCGAUCAAGCUCCAGCUCACCGCCGGCGCGGUCGGGCGGCGCGCGGCGUGGAAGUCGCGAGAAGAAGCCCACGCCCAGUUCGCCGCGACGCCCUUCUUCGCCGCGUGGGACCCCGCCGUGCUGCGCGUGUACGUCGAGUGCGGGCUCGCCGAUCACCCUGAGGGAGGGGUCAGACUCAAGAUGAGCGGGUUCCAGGAAGCGGCGAUGUUCUCCGACACGACCGUCGCCUUCGAGGUCUUCGAGCGCCUCCCCGCUCUCGACGAGCGCGUCGAGCUGAAGUGGGUCCUCCCGGGCAAGCCGAAGAAGGGCGACAUCGGCGGCGAGGAGAUGCAGCCGUACCGCGCGUGGCGCCGGCCGGCGAACGCGGGGAACGUGCUGAUUCCUGGGGCGGGGCAUCUGAUCACACAGGAAGCGCCGAAAGCGCUCGCGGAGGAGAUAUGGGAGUUCGUGCAGAAGAAGUGCGCGGAGCGGGAGCGGAGAGGGGUGGGGAGGGCGAGGCUGUGAGCUGGGUGGGCGUGUUGUGUUGGUGCUAUGGGAGAUCGGGGCAUAUAGCGGAUUUACAUCGGAGAGAUUUGCAUAUACUGUAAGCUCAGAACGUAUUUGGAUUCGGGCGAGGGCCUUCCUCGAGCAUGCGUGCGUGGGUGGGGUAUAACCUGUCUGCUUAUUGUGGGGGUGGUUGAGCGUUGGAUAUGUGAGGCUUUUGACCUUUGGAUGUCGAAGCUG